GACUCACGUAUCACAUGACCAAGGGAAUCACAUGACACGUGGGACAAGAAAACCCGACAGUGCGAUAGACUGCACUGUCUGUGGGCCGCAGCUGCUGCGAGUUUUGACGGUCUUUUAACUUAAAUUCUAGCUUUCUUGGUCAUAUAAUUCCCAGCGGGGACAACAUCGUAACAUACUUUGUAUAUGUACGAGAGAUUUAAUAUCUAGCAUGAACUCCCACAUUCGCCGGAGACGGAGUGGCCGGACGACAGGUCCGUUGAUCACUUUGUCGUUGAUCACAGUUUGCCUGGCAUGCUGGAGUGCCGGUGCCUGUGCCAGUGGUUUUGCUUCGUCUGCUAGAUUUGGGCGGCGAAUCAACAGCAAAUUGGAAGCUAAGAUCAGCAGUCAAGGAUGCAGUUAUUCUCAUCAAGAAAAAUAUUUCGAGCAAAAGGUUGAUCAUUUCAGCUUCACCAACCAGGACACAUUUCAGAUGCGUUAUCUGGUUUCAGAUGAAUUCUGGAUGAAAGGUGGACCAAUAUUCCUGUACACAGGCAACGAGGGAGACAUUAACAUGUUUUGUGAAAAUAGUGGUCUUGUAUGGGAUUUGGCUGUUGAAUACAAGGCUAUCGUCAUAUUUGCUGAGCAUCGUUACUAUGGGAAAUCCCUGCCAUACGGGAAUGAUUCGUACAAGGAUGCUGCCCACCUUGGUUACCUGACGUCUGAGCAAGCCCUUGCAGACUUUGCAGUCUUUCUUGACUGGUACAAGGCCAACUCGCUAGGUGAUGUCUCAGGCUCUCCCGUUAUCGCGUUCGGAGGCUCGUACGGAGGGAUGCUGGCCGCCUGGAUGCGUAUGAAGUAUCCUAAUGCCAUCGCAGGAGCGAUAGCUGCGUCGGCCCCAAUAUGGCAGUUUACCGGCCUGACUCCAUGCAACUCACAAUAUGUUACGAUCAGUAAGGAUUUCCAGGCUGCCAGUCAACUUUGUUAUGAUUCUGUCCACAAGAGCUGGGAUGUUAUCAAGCGACUUGGCCAAUCUGUAUCUGGUCGUACCAAACUCGCAGGAAUCAUGAGACUCUGUAACCCUCUGAAGACAACAUCUGAUGUGGAUGGUUUAAUAUCAUGGUUAACGGAUACCUGGUUCAAUCUAGCGAUGGUUGACUAUCCUUACCCUGCCAACUUCCUGGAACCACUUCCCGCUUUCCCAAUUAAGGAGGUGUGUUCAUACUUCAAGACUCCCUCUCCAACCGACGAUCAGCUCCUGGAGGAGCUGACUGGAGCUCUUGGUCUCUACUAUAACUACACCGGUAACAUCCAGUGUUUUAAUCUCAGUCAAGAUGCCACAGCAAGUCUUGGAGAACUGGGGUGGAGUUUCCAGUUCUGUACCGAAAUGAUAAUGCCAUCUUGUGCAGAUGGAAUCAAUGACAUGUUUUACUCCAUGCCUUGGGAUUAUGAUGCACAGGUUGCCGCCUGCAAAGCACAGUGGAACGUAACGCCACGCCCAUAUUGGAUCAUUACUCAGUUCGGGGGGAAGAACAUCACUGCUUCUAGUAAUAUAUUUUUCAGCAAUGGACUUUUGGACCCCUGGCAUGAGGGCGGGGUGCUCACCAAUCUGACCGAUACCCUCGUCGCUGGAAUCAUACCCGACGGGGCCCACCAUCUUGAUCUCAGAGGGAAGAACAAGUUAGAUCCUCCCUCGGUGAUAGCCAUUAGAAACCAAGAGAGGGAGAAUAUCAACCAAUGGAUAGCACAGUGGUGGCAGAUGAAGCGUAAAAGCAGCUGAUUUUUAAUCAAAAUAAUAUAAGUCACCUAUAUCUGAAAUUUGUAUAGUAACAUCAGUGUAAUAUGUAUAAAACUAUACUUUUUACUUAAGUGUCUUAAAUGUGAGAACUGUUUAUUUGUUGCAAUAAUUUUAGAAUAGUAUUUGAGGAUGUACCUGUACAGGAAUAGAAUGACUAUUUGAAGUAAACUGUAAUAUAAAGCCAGUUUGUAGUGCCAGUCUGCGCAUGAUUAGAAGAAGGUCGUUUGAACUCAAAUGGCAUGGUGGUUUAAUAUUCAAUGAGAUAAACACCAACUUUGAUGUCUUGAUUAUUCAUAUAUAUUCUUCUGAAUUUUGCUUUUCAUUCGAUCCACAAGAAAAAAAAAUGCGUACAUUAGCAACUGGUAUUUAGCAGGUGGCCAAGUACAUUGAAAUAGCAGCAUGCUGUUCAUUCAGAGUAGAAAUAGAUUAGGCUUAAUUUUGUCUAAAAUGUAGGGUUAGGAUUGCAAUAGGGAUUUAUGUUUAUGGUAGGGUAUAGUAUGACAAUGCAAAUCCAGGGAUGGAGUAAUUCAUUUGAUUAGUGUGCGGAAUUUACAGCGAAGCAAUUGUGACUGGAGCAAAUAUCUUGGAACCAUUUGUUACGAGUGCAGCAAGGAAAUAGUGUGGCUUAUAGCGCAUGGGAAACAAGACCUUCGACUGCAGAAUAGAGCAGAAUUGUUUUUAGAAACCAGAUCAUGAAUUUGAAUUUGAGAUGGAGUGCGGCUCGUACCAUAAACAAAAAACCCAGGCCUGCUUAUUCUGUUUUUUAAUUAACCUUUCAUGAUUUGAAAUCAGCUGCAUCCAUGAAUUAAUGAAAGGCGUAUACAAAAAUGACAUUCCCUCUUUCCCCCAAGUCUCUGGUUUGCAGGAUUGAGUUAAAAAUGCUUAAAUAGAUCAAAUAGAAUCUGUCAUAUUUCUACUUUAUAUUAUUGGACUACAUAUAGGCGUAGAUGUACAUGUACUGUAUGCUGCAUCAGACUUUUAAAGGUGUAGAUGUAUGUGAUAGUUAUUGCAUGAAGGUAUUUUUGUUGAUUGCACAUUCGUUUUUAUAGAGAAAAGGGGUUUUAAUGCACAAAUUCAUAUUUUUAUACUACAGAUAUUUUGAGACCAUUUUCUUAUAUAGAAAAUAAAACAUGUAUGGAGAUACAAUGA